CUAGUGAACAAGUGAAAUAAAAGCGUUCGUUGUUAUUACGAUCGUUUAACACUGUGUAGUGUUCGGAAUUGUGAAAUUAUCUUUCCGGUGCCUAGGGGUCCCAUUGGAAAGAUGGCACUACCAACCCACUUCAUUAAAAUCGGUGAACUGCUUGAAGAAUCUGCAGAGACAGAAAAUGAUAAUCUGAUUUUGGAAAGGCUGAAACUUUUGGCUCAGGAAAACUUGCCAGAGGGUUGGACCGAGUGGAAGGUGGCCCAGCUGACGAAAGAACAGGUGCUAGGAAAUCCAGUGGAUCCCCUGGUCCUCAACAAAAUCAGGUUUGCACUUCCUACUCUGGGAGUAGUGAGGGCUUUUUCUCCAGAAGCGGAUCAUCUGUCGGAAAAAACCUACAGGGACAUCAAAAUGUCUAUGUUAGAAUGGGCCUUCUGCAGGGCCCUGAUUAUGAGUCCCCCAUUUGUUUCCAAUCGAAUAAGAGGUUCGGCCGCCCAAUCCGAAAUCUUCAAUCAGGCGGUUAGAGAUAUGAAACCUUUGCUAAUAUCCAGGCAAGAAGCUUCAGGCCAGUUGGGUGAGAAGUCAGAAGCUGGUUCAGAAGAAGAAAUGUCUGAAGACUCCCAUGGUAAACGUCGAAGAUAUUCUUCAAAGGAGCAAGUUGUGAAGAGACCAAGGCUUGAUCGAGUCGCCCUUCUUGAAAAUAAGGUGGAUACAAUGUUUGCUUCAAUCUGCGCCCGCCUGGAUGAUUAGCAAAAACUCAAUCUACAGGGGUCGAGUCAUCGGCCGAAGAGGAAGAUGAGUUACCUUAUAAUUCUGAUCAAGAGAGCUCCCAAACUUGGCAAGCGCCAGCUAUUGAUUUCACAGAUAACCUAGAUCUAGAUUUUUUACCUGAUGUAAAGGAAGCUGCUCCGGACAUUCCGGAGCCCAGUCCAAUCAUAAAGGCAGAAGGUAUUGCCUGCCAACGUUUUGGUUCAGAAUCGUGGAACAAAAUUAGAUAUAAAGAAGUUCAGAAACGCUUGCAGGCGGCGCCAGUUUUUGGGGCUCUCAAAGUUAAUUCGCAGUUGGGAAGUUUAGCGACUAGGUCUUUCGCCUCGGACCUACUAGUAACAUUUGAUGAUACAUUAGGCACUAUCUGCCGUGGCCUUUUAAACCAAAG